UUGUCGGUGUUGAAGGAAGGGAACGCUGAAGUGAGUAGCUGACGGUGCGCCUCCGAGGAUAAACAGGGAUGUGAAUGUGGCGAGAAAAGAAAAGAUAGAAAUAAAUAGGAACAAUAAAGGAAAGAGAGAAAGAGACGGAAUAAUAAAUCAAUAUUUUUAGACCGACUGAGGAGAAAGUUGAGGAGGUUCACACAGCUAGCGUUCACGCGCUUAGCCGGUCUACAGAAGAAGCGGUGUCUCUUUCUGAGGUAAAAUUUUUGUCGUUUUUUUUUUUUCGUCCAUUUCUGUCGCUUUUUGGGGCGUCUAGGAAUCAAGAGACACCGAGUGUGAGGAGGAGAAAAAGAGGGCUGGAAAGGUGAGGAACAUGACGGGGAAAUCGGUGAAGGAUGUUGACCGUUAUCAGGCGGUCCUGUCAUCGCUGCUCGCCCUGGAGGAGAACAAGUUCUGCGCCGACUGUCGAGCUAAAGGUCCCAGAUGGGCUUCCUGGAAUUUGGGAAUCUUCAUCUGUAUUCGCUGUGCAGGAAUCCACCGGAAUCUCGGUGUUCAUAUAUCCCGGGUCAAAUCUGUUAACCUGGACCAAUGGACACAGGAACAGAUUUUGUGUAUGCAGGAGAUGGGGAAUGCCAAAGCACGCCGCCUCUACGAAGCCUUCCUACCUGAGAUCUUCCAACGUCCAGAGACAGACCAAUCGGCAGAGCUCUUCAUCCGGGACAAGUACGAAAAAAAGAAAUACCUGGACAAGUGCAUUGACAUCCAAACCUUCCGAAAAGAGAAGAGCGAGACGGUAACAAAAGAGCCACCUGUUGUUUUUGAAAAGAUGAAGCCGAAGAAGGAGGAGCCUCAGCAAUACAACAGUACUCCAAAGAAGCAGUCUCAGUCAGUAAAUGACCUUUUAGGACUAGACGCUCCUGUCGCUGCAGCUCCUGUAGCCAACGGCAGCUCCAGUCCCGAGAAAGGGUUUGCACAGGAUCUGUUCAGCUCCUUGCCUACAGCCACCUCGCAUUCUGCCAGAAGCACACACGGCUCCAGUUCUGUGUCCGGCUCGAUGCCUAAAGGCCGGGCCGCAGCAUCAGUCCCGGAGAACCUGAGCCUCUUCCUGGACCCGCCCACCAAAAACGACGAAAGCAGCAAAAAGAUGUCCAAAGACUCCAUCCUGUCACUGUACAGCAGUGUAACACCUCAGACCAACAUGGCUGCUAAUGCUGGCAUUUACAUGGGGGCCGCUCAAAUGGGAUAUGCCCCUGCACCUGCCUACGGGCACUACCAGUCUCUGGCCACACAGCAAGCAAUGAUGGGAACCAUGAUGGCCCCUCCGGUGAACAUGCUUGGGCAGCCAGGUGUCAUGGCUCCAGCAGGAAUGGCCUCUCCAUCUGCGUACAUGGCGGGAGUGCAAGGGGGCAUGAUGGGAGUGCAGGGGGGCAUGAUGGGAGGUGUUCUGCCACAGCAUGCGUACACAGUGCAGCAGGCUCAGCAGCUUCAGUGGAACAUCAACCAGAUGUCUCACCACAUGGCAGGUAUGAACUUUUACGGCCAGAACCGCACGCCGGGACACGGACAGCCCACGAGUGGCGCCUCGGCUCCCGGGACCAAUCAGACGCUCGGCUCUCAUGCAUGGAAGUGAAAGCAUGCGCUAAAAAUAAAUGAAGAAAAAUGGGUAGGUCGGUGAUAACUGUAAAGAGAAUGGAGACUUUUCCAUACUCUUCAUCGAACAUUCCUUCAGCAGUGAAGACGAAAUAGAGGAUCGACCUCAAGAGGAAGAGUUUCUACCUCCUGUGUUUUACAUAGCCAUUUUUUUUAAAAUGAUGUGAUCCAAUAGUGCAUCAUCUCUAUCUAUCUAUCUAUCUAUCUAUCUAUCUAUCUAUCUAUCUAUCUAUCUAUCUAUCUAUCUAUCUAUCUAUCUAUCUAUCUAUCUAUCUAUCUAUCUAUCUAUCAAACACAGCGACUCCUCAGCGUUCCUCUCUUCCUCAGAUGCUUGAUAGCCGACAAUUCGUUUGCAUGCAGGUUCUUGCACGUGUGCGUUCAUUUCCACGCCAUCGCCAAGCUGUUACACGCUCCCUACUCGUACGCACUUAAUCCACUUGCAUGCACCGAUUUACUAACCUACCUGCAUAAAAAUGACCAGGAGAGACUUUAGAAUCUGUCAAGACAUACGUACCUUAAUUAAUGUGAUAAUGCUGCUGUUUCAGGCGUUUUUGUCUUUUUUUUUUUUUUUUCUCUCCAGCUGUUGUGGAUGUUAAGCAGCAGGGCGUGUUAUUUUAGGGUACUGUGAUUGAGCCGUAGCUUCAGCUACUCUCCUUCUUCUCACUCAGCAGGGAAUUGUAAGAAGUUCUACAAGGGUUCUAUAGAGAAACCAUAACCAAAGAACGCAGAACGGGGUUCAGAUCUAUCAUUGUUUUUGAUUUCGUGACGAGCUUUCGACCGUACCCGCGAUCAAUAAAUGUAUAUCCGAUGUAUGUAUGUAUCACCUUGAAGCACUCAAUGCCACAUUUGAUUGUACAAACAGAGCACUUUUCUUUCUCUCGCGCUCUCUUUCUUUCUUUCUUUCUUUCUUAUUUUCUUUCUUUCUUUCUUUCUUUACUGUAUAUGAGGAGCUCUCUUAGUGAUUGAGAGUGGGCAGGAUAUAUUUUUUUUUUUUGGUUAUAAUUUUUUAAAUUUUUUUGUGACAUCAGGGUUCUUCUCGUUUUAAACCAUACCUCUCGGCUCCAGGCUGUACAGAGACCAAAUGAAUGUUUCUCGCCAGCAUCCUGCGCUUCAGACGGCCGGUGGUGUUCACGUGGUCGGUUUUUAAGGUCGCUCAGACCUUAAUAACAUACACACAACCUCAAGUUGACGAUGAACGCGAUCGUGAACACGGAUUAUUGCCGGAACGCACACUUCAUAAGGGAUUUGUUAUUUUUUGGGGGCAGUUUUUAGCUUCCACUAUACACAGGACAUUACGUCUGUAUAUACAAUGUCUUUCACUCUUGUAAGAUCACAUUAUAUGGGACUGGAUGCUUGG